AUUUUUCUCGGAGUGUAAUACUACCUGCAUGGCAGGCCCGCGAUGCGAAGUGCUCGAAAAACCUGCAUGAAAAUCCCGAAAACAGCAAAGAAUCAAACAAAAAAGGAUGUAAAUCACAAACCCAAACUCCUACCAACAAACAACAAGUGUGCGCUACUCGCAAAAAUGGACGCCAUCAAACACGAGCUGAUACCCAUUCGCAGUACCUUCGCCGAGGCCACUUCCUUCUGCCGGUUGUGCCUCAAGACGGACCAGAUCGAGCUGAUCGUGCAGUCGCCGGCCGAGGAAGUCAACGAACCGGCCCUCACCAUCAUCAGCGAGUGUCUCGGCAUUUGGCUGGCGGUGAACGAGGACUUCCCGUUUGGGAUUUGUCACCCGUGUGCCUUGUCGCUGGAGGGCAUUCGGCAGUUCCGGUACAAUUGUCAGCAGUGCGAUAGCUUCCUGCGGGACCAGCGGGCGAAAGCAGUGGCCGAUGAAAAUCUGGAACCCACUGGGGAGCUGCACCAUGAAACGGUUGAAUAUCACCAUGAAGAAGUGCCUCUGCACCAGGUCGGACUGGAAGGUCCGGUCGGCGUUUUACAGGAAAAUGGCAUGCCUGAAGAAGUUCUCAUGGAUGGCAAUCAUCUGAACCUGAUUCAACACUACGAGGAUCAGCAGCAACAACAACAGCAAAUGCAGCAACAGCAACACCAGCAAAAUCUGAUCUCUGUUGCCACCGAGCAACCUUUGCCGCUGAAGAAGUUUGACUGUCCCGAGUGUGGCAAGCGGUUAUUCAGCUCCCGGAUGUUGGCCCAGCACGUGGUUCGCGAGCAUCGACUUUGUCAUGGGUGUGGCAACUGUGGGAUGGCUUACGAUAGCCAGUCGAAGCUGGACAACCACAAGGCCUCGUGCAAUGGGCGCCCGUCCAAAUUCCUGUGCAAUCAGUGCCCAAGUGCCAAGGUCUUUUCGACGGCUAUCAGCCUAUCGGUGCAUCUCUAUUACGCCCACGAUAGCAUCAAAUCGGUCGUGUACCGAUGCGAGGCAUGCAAAAAGAACUUCAAGAAUCGAACCGGGCUACGGUAUCACUACAGCACCCAGCACGGGUGCGCGAUGGUCGAGUGUGAAAUCUGCCGGCGGCCGUUCCCUACCGAGGAAAGCUUAUACUACCACAAACAGGCGGAUCAUUGAUAGUAAGCGUAAGUUUUUUAAUUUUCGUUUGUCCUCCAAAUUAUGAUUUUCACAAAUGUUAGACUGGCAACAAAUUUUAUACAUCAUGAAAUAU